AAUUUAAUGUCAUUUUUGCCAUAAAUUUACCCUUCUUCCAAUCAUCGGCGGUUCUUUUAAUUUGUUAUUUUAUGGGGAACCUUGACGUUUUAUUGUUUACAAUAUGUGGAUUCAAAACAUGGUUUUGAAAGAACAGCUUAUUCAAAUAAGAAUGUUGCAUUCUCGCGAUAUUGGUGUUUUUUUCUGCAUCCGUUAGCUCACACGUUUUGAUUUUUAUGAACUAUUGUUCAUUUUGACGAUACGUAGUUAUUCCGAGUAGAUCAGUCGUGAACACUAUUAACUUAAAAGUAUUGACUACUCUGUGCUGAAGUUUUGGCAUUAUCCUCUCGAUCAACAAUGCUAUAACAAUAAAAUAGGUUAUUAAUGUAAUAUUUUCACAAGGAAUUAGGCCUUCUUCAAAACAUAGGCCGUUCUUUCAUACUAAUCGGUACACUUCCAACCGGCUGCAGAUCAAAAACGGUUUCACUAAGAAAGAAGUGUUGUUAGAAGCAAUUGAAGCCUAUCUAUUCUAGUUUGUAGGAAAAAUAUGAAAUUUGCUGUUUUUAUUUAUUUUUUGAUGAACUAAAGGCCGUUCACACCAAAAUCCGGACAAAGUCAAAUUAUCCUGUUUCUUAGUCAAAUUACCACGGAAUGGGUAGAAACUUUCUAUGCUCAAGACUGAUACAUAGACAAACGAAAAUAAAAUAUAUUGUUCUCCAAAUCGCCUUUCGUAUUCAGGAUGGCACCAUCUGAGUUAGCACGCAGAAAACCUGUUUUGAACAAGUCUCUAUAAUAAAGACAAAAAAAAAACAAGUUCUCCCAAAAUUCCGUUGAGUUGUAAUGGACGAUGAAACAUACUCAGAAAGUUCGAAUAUCUCACAGGACAGGAUUUUAACACAACAAACUUACCAUAAAGAAGAACCUGAACGUCUGAAACGAAAAUUUAAAAUCAAAUUCCCUGAAAGAGAUUAAGUAUGGCAAGAAAUAUGUUCGUGAGAGCUAAAAUUUCAGAUUUUUGUAACAACAUAUACGUUGAGAUUUGUUUGGAAGAAUGCCUCCAAACAACAAAAAAAUACAUGUGGCCUUGUUCUGGUCAGAUUUGGCCAGUUGCCAACGUUAAAGAUACAAUCAUUUGGUACGAUCAAAACAACGUUGCUUAUGUAACCAAGGAUUGUUAUUCACCAAACCGUCCACAGCUGCGACCAAUUGAAUCAUACUGCUCUAUUACUGGUCUAUGGUGAAGAAAGACCUCAAAAAACAAUGCAGGGGUAUCAACGAUCCAAUAAUUUCGUUCCCAGUGACAUAUUGCUUAGGAAGUAAAUCGACAAGUUCACUGUGCAAAGCUUCACGAAAUGUGUAAACAAAAAAGUGCGCGCAGCAGCUAAUGGAAUCAAAUCCAUAUGAGUCUACAGGGGAUGGCCAAAAUGUUUGGGAUAGGCAACUUUUUUUCUCUCUCAAAAAAAAUCAACAUGCUAUAACUUUUCAUAGAGUGCAUCAAAAAAUCUCAAAUUUUGACUAUUUGUCAACCUAUUAUAUGUGCAUCUUUGGUACAAAUUUGGGCUCAAUUGAUUAAUCUUUCGCAAAGUUAGAACCGUUCGGGUAAAACACUAUUUUUUAGACAACGCAUUUUUGAGCUGUCAUAACUCAGAAACCAGUGAACCGAAUUGAAUGAAAUUUUGAACGUACACUAACAAUAUACAAAUGCUUCACAAACUAUUAAAACAUAAAUACUUUUUGAACGUAGAAAAAAAAUAUCAUGGAUGGACACUUUUUGGAUUAUUCUCAAAAAAAUGUAAGUUUUUUACGUCAAUGUCAAUACAUUUUAGUGUUGAUGUCCAAAGAUUUUCCACUUCUGUUCUCAAGUUAUCUUUAAUCAGAAAUAUUAGAGCCAAUUUAGCUUAAAGGAAGAACACAUUUAGUAAUUUUUGUGUGGUAUUGUAAAUUUUACUAAUUUGCCUCUGUAUGGGUAAAAAUUUCACCCCGGUAUAACUUCAUUCGCCGUGAAAAAAUAUUACAUUUUAUAACGUUGUAUUAAGUUUCAAUAUAUUGUUGAUAAACGUUAAAAAAAUCAUUCAUUUCGGUUCACUGGUUUCCGAGAUAUGGCAGCUCUAAAAUGAGUUGUCUAAAAAAUAGUGUUUUACCCGAACGGUUCUAACUUCGUGAAAAACUAUCCAAUCGAGCCCAAAUUUGUACCAAUAAUGCACUUAUAACAGGUUGAUAAACAGUCAAAAUUUGAGAUGUUUUGAUGCACUCUAUGAAAAGUUACAGCAUGUUGAAUUUUUUUGUGGGAGAAAAAAAGUUGCCUAUCCCAAACAUUUUGGCCACCCCCUGUAUAUGCCAAAUCGACCAAUUCCGCAGUAUAGAAUCGUUUAAGGUCUUAUGAUUAUUGAUUAAGGGAGGUAAAAUAUUCCAUGGGUGUUUUAAAAUGAUCAAUAUAGCUAUGGUGAACCUUUAAAGGGUUUUAUGGAAAAUCAAAGAUGUUGCGACGCCGCAAUAAGGUUAAUUUUCUGGGCCGGUCUAAUAAUGGACCCGUCUAGUCGCAACAUAACACCGCAGCAUGACAGCUCGCGUACAGUGGUAGUAGUAGUAGGCAGAGAGAGAUAGGUGGAAUGAUGAUUAGUAGUAGAAGAAGAAAUGUAAAUAAAACAUCAGUGGAACUCUUCGAAUAUUUCGCCAUUGCACUAAACGACACAAAGUUAAAAGUGUUUGCAAAGUAAAUUAAGUGAAAAUUACAAAAGAAACUAGUUUAUCGGCAUUCAAAUAUCAGGAUUCAGUUGAUAUAUCGUCGGACGGUGGUUAUAUGAAAUUUCGUGAGUAGAAACUGAAAAGAAACGGAUAUGUUAUGAAAACGUUAAAUGUUAAUAAUAAUUGUCUGUAGGUUCCGUUUAUAACAAAUCAACCACUAAAGAAGACCGUGGUGAAAUUGCUGUUCCGAAGAACUGGACCGUAAGUAGAUACCGAUGGAGUGAAUUAGAAAUAGUGAUUGAUUGUAAUUGUAUCCGACAACAUAAAACCUACAUAUCCACUGAGGUUACAUUAGGGUAGUUGCACCAGUGUUCAACAUCCAAGAAGUUAUUCGAAGAAUCGAAAGGAAACCACUUUAUUGUAAGUAGAAAGUUAAGUUUUGAAAAUUGCUUAAUAUAAUGGAAAUAAAUAUUAUAGUUUGAGCGUUGCUACAAAAAUCGUAAGCUGCUACAGAAAUUUGGUUUCCCUUCGGGAACAUUCUCAAAAAUAAAGUGACACCCGCGAAGUGACUUCCGCGAAGUUGAAAAGUGUCAAAAGAGGAGUGAAAAGCUGCAGCAAAAUGGCUUCCGAUGCAGAAUCCAUCCACGACCAAACCAUCAUGGACCUGACGGCGACUCCGUGCUCCAUUUGUGGACCGUCUACGCGCGACGAAGUGAUGGUCGGCUGUGACGGAUGCUCCGAAUGGUUCCACAUCCGUUGCGUGGGCAUCGAGGAGGGCAAACUGCCGAAGAAGUGGUACUGCCAAAGCAAGACCUGCCAGGAGAAGGCCCAGGAGUACCAGCAGAAGCAGAAGGACGCCAAGAAGCAGGCUCGCACCCGGAAAAACGGCAACGAGUCUGACAAAUCCAGCGUCAGCUCUCGCCUAGCUUCGUCUAUCGUGGAAGCAAAGGUGCGAGCGCUAGAGGAGAAGCAGAAGCGACAGUACGAGGAGAUGGAGGCGGAACUGCAGCUGCAAAAGAAGGAAAGGGAGAUGCAGCGUGCGUUCGAGCAGCGAAAAACGGAGUUGGAGCUGCAGAUGCGCGCUGAAGAGCAAGAAGAACAUAGGCAAUGGCAAGCGGAGAUGCUCCAAAAGAAGAAGGAGCAGAUUCAGCGGCUGAAGGCGAACCGAGAGUCGUCGUUCGAGAUGCAAAUGGCGGCGAUGGAUGAGGAGUUAGCGGAACUUUCGGGUCAAAAGUCGAAGCCGGCGCCGAAAGUAGUCAAGGACGUUUCGCGAGCGGGUCCUUCCGGCAAAAUCAACAAAAACGUGUUGAAGCUGAGAAAGGCGAACGUGAAGAAGCUAACGCGAGACUACGAGAGCACCGACGGAGGAGACGAGGACGACGAAAACUCCGACGAUUCCGAUCUGUCAACUCAGAGUUCGGAUUCUUCCAUGGAAGCCAGGGCGAGAAAAAGCGUUCCUAGGAAGACGUGCAAGAAAGUGGGAAGUGUCAGCCAAAACGGGCUGGGGAAGCAGCAGACCGGACCGACGAAGGCCCAGCUGGCCGCGAGGAUGGGGUUAACUUACAAACUCCCAAAAUUCUCCGGCAAACCAGCGCAAUGGCCAUUGUUCUACGCGGCCUACAAAGUGUCCAACGAUGUCUGCGGCUACAUGAACCACGAGAACCUGAUGCGAUUACAGGAAGCCCUGGAAGGCGACGCUCUCGAGCUGGUGUCCGGGCAGUUGCUACUUCCCGAAACCAUUCCACAGGUCAUCGAGAAGCUGCGCCGGCACUUCGGCCGCCCGGAACAAUUGCUUCAAUGCCUGCUGGACAAGGUGAACCGGCUGGAACCCCCGAGGCCGGACAAUCUGAGGAGUUUUGUUCCAUUCGGAAACACGGUGGAGCAACUCUGUGGCCAUCUGGAGGCAGCGGAUCUACGGCAACACCUCGUCAACCCGCUGCUGAUAAAGUCGCUGGUUGCCAAGCUACCGGAUCGGGAAAAGCGUGAGUGGGUCCACUACCGGCGAGGUCGAGGGGAAACAACCUUGAGGACGCUAACGGAUUUCCUGAUGGACAUCGUGGCUGACGCCUGUGAAGCUAACGUUGAUGCGGAGUUCAAUCCACCGCCGUCGUCGGAAUCAGAUUCCCAAUCUGAAGAGGAGAGUUCGAAUAAGGCUGGACUAUACUGUCACUACGAAGCCAGCAGUUCGACCGAUAACGCAAGCGAAGAGAGAAUGCUGAAACCGUGUAAGAUGUGCCAAUCUACGGACCAUCGUCUGCGGCACUGCGCGGAUUUCAAGACGUUGCGAUACGAUGAGCGCUUGAAUCUGGUGAAACGCGAGAAGUUGUGCCAAGUCUGCCUCAACGAGCACGGCGGCCGGUGCAAGUUUAAAAUCCGCUGCAACAUCGAGAACUGCAGAGAGUUCCACAACUCACUCAUGCAUCCGGGCGGAAACACGGUCGGGCCGAGUGCACACAUACGGACAAAUUUCACGGUCUUGUUCCGGAUCGUUCCGGUGCAGCUGCACUACGGCGAAAAAACGGUUUCAGUUCUGGCGUUUUUGGACGAAGGCUCUUCCGUUACGCUGUUGGAAAAAAGGCUCGCCGACCGUCUGGGCGCGGUCGGAAUACAAGAGCGAUUGACCAUCCGGUGGACGGGAAACACGUCGAGAGAGGAGGAUUCCCGAAGAAUGAGUCUUUGGGCGUCGGGAACAGGCGCUGCCGCCGGCGGCAAGAUGUUGUUGCACACAGUGCACACAGUGGACAAAUUGAUGCUGCCACAUCAAAAGUUGAAUUCGGAGGAGUUUGUAGCGCAAUACGAGCACAUGCGAGGGCUGCCCGUUGAAUCGUACGAUGGACAGCCACAAUUGCUAAUUGGGGUAAACAAUAUCCACGCAUUUGCACCGAUGGAGGCAAAGGUGGGUACGCCCGUGGAACCGAUUGCGGUUCGAACCAAACUAGGAUGGACGGUGUAUGGGCCGCGACAGGAAACCUCGGCGGCGGCCGACAACUAUCUCGGCUACCACCGGCAGAUAGCAAACGAGGAUCUGCCGCCCGAGCUACUCGAGAGCCAUUCUGCGUUAAAAGAAUCGGUGGUGGGAAUUCCGCGGGUAGCCGUACAGAAAAAACGGGUCCGGAAAAUACGAGAAGAAACCAACGAACUCGUCGGCGAUCGCUGCAAAACCGGUUUGCUGUCGAAAAUGGACGAUUCACGACUCCGGGACAGUUACCGUAAUAUGGGGAAUCGUCGAACGAAGCAGCUGGAGCAGCGACCCGAGGACAAGAAGUUGCAAGGUUUCUUCAUCCGGACAGAUCCGGAACAACCACGAACCUGGAGGUUCUCGUUUCGAACAAAGAAGGAUAAAAUAGGUGGGUUAGGAAUCCGAAAAUGUAUGACUAUCUCGCCGGAAGUUUUACGAAGCCUGGGAGAGACGCAGCCGGCGACACUGGCGCAUUUGAGCCAUGACAUCCAGCAGACGGAGAAAGAGAGAAUCCCAGAUCACUGGGAUCCGAACGCGUUCUCGACGAAGCACCGUGGCGAGUUGUUUCCACAGUUCUACGAGGAAAAGCGGUCGACAAAAAUGCUCGUCGCAAGUGAAGCAGGUCCGGAGGAAGUCACGAUCGAUCGGCGUAAGGAGAAGCGAUGGGCGAUGCGCGCGCUCGAAAAGCGGCACAAGUUGUCGGACGAGAUCCUGGAAGCAACACUAGCGGAAGCGGUUGGAAUGAUCGAAACUGAAACGCUAACGUCGGAGUGCCUUCCGAUGAUCAACCAGCGGUCGAAAUGGUUCGACGAUCAGCAAGCGCUGCAAGAGGGUGACUCGGCCUUCGUGGACGAAGGCAAGAACCGGGGGUCCUGGAGAAGAAGCGUCAUCGAGGCGGUGAUCAAGGGCUCCGAUGGACGAGUCCAACAUGCUAAUGUACGGACCGCAAACGAUACGGUGUGAUGAACCUUGCGGCGCUAGAGGUAAGGUAAAUCCGAAAAUGCCGGAUGUUACGGGCUGGGGUGUUGCGACGCCGCAAUAAGGUUAAUUUUCUGGGCCGGUCUAAUAAUGGACCCGUCUAGUCGCAACAUAACACCGCAGCAUGACAGCUCGCGUACAGUGGUAGUAGUAGUAGGCAGAGAGAGAUAGGUGGAAUGAUGAUUAGUAGUAGAAGAAGAAAUGUAAAUAAAACAUCAGUGGAACUCUUCGAAUAUUUCGCCAUUGCACUAAACGACACAAAGUUAAAAGUGUUUGCAAAGUAAAUUAAGUGAAAAUUACAAAAGAAACUAGUUUAUCGGCAUUCAAAUAUCAGGAUUCAGUUGAUAUAUCGUCGGACGGUGGUUAUAUGAAAUUUCGUGAGUAGAAACUGAAAAGAAACGGAUAUGUUAUGAAAACGUUAAAUGUUAAUAAUAAUUGUCUGUAGGUUCCGUUUAUAACAAAUCAACCACUAAAGAAGACCGUGGUGAAAUUGCUGUUCCGAAGAACUGGACCCAUAAAACCUACAUAUCCACUGAGGUUACAUUAGGGUAGUUGCACCAGUGUUCAACAUCCAAGAAGUUAUUCGAAGAAUCGAAAGGAAACCACUUUAUUGUAAGUAGAAAGUUAAGUUUUGAAAAUUGCUUAAUAUAAUGGAAAUAAAUAUUAUAGUUUGAGCGUU